AUGAACAGAGCAAAGAAGGUGGUUGCUUCAGUCUCCACCCUUUUAACAAGACGAACCUUUUAUCCUUCUCCUACUUUCCGGUGCGAUCCCCUCCCGACCGUUUCGGCUAAUUCAGAAUCCCACUGGAGCCACGAAUCGCUGCAACCUUCUCCUUCAGCUCAGGAGCUCCGAUUUUCCAGGAGACGUUUUUGCUCGGGGUCUUCCGACAAGAGAAUCACCGUGUGCUGGAACUGUGGUUUCUCGUCUGAAAAAGCUGCGUUUUUGUUCUGUGACUCGUGCCGCAGCAUUCAACCAAUCGAUGAUUCAAUCGAUUACUUUCAGAUAUUUGGCUUGGAGAGGAAGUAUGAGUUAGAUGGUGGAAGCCUUGAAGGCAAAUACAAAGACUGGCAGAAGAAGCUUCAUCCUGAUUUAGUUCACAACAAAUCUCAGAAAGAAAGAGAUUACGCAGCGGACCAGUCUGCAAAGGUUACUGAAGCUUACCGGACAUUAACCAAGAGACUGUCAAGGGCAAUGUAUAUCAUGAAGCUGAAUGGUAAACAUGUCAAUGAAGAAGAAACAAUAACAGAUCCAACCUUGUUAAUGGAGAUUAUGGAACUCCGAGAGUCGAUUGCAGAAGCAAAUGAUUCAAAAGAGUUAGACCAGAUCAGAUCUCAGGUACAAGAGAAACUGAAGCAAUGGUCUGACUCUUUUGUUGAAGCCUUUGAAAGCCACAGGUUUGAUGAAGCUGUAAAAUGUAUUCAGAGAAUGACUUACUACGAGCGAGCUUGUGAAGAAAUUGUCAAGAAGCUAUGA